AUGAAGAUCCUUCAGCGGACAAAGCGAGCUCUCCCACCCCUUCCACAGGUCGCGGAGCUCAUCAACAAGCUUUCCAACACACCAGAUGAAGAUUUGCACGAAGUAUUGGGCAAGGUCGACGCGUGGACCUGGCCGAGAUCCGACCUGAACGCAUGGAUUAAAGUACUCAACAAGUUCGACGCCAUCUUAGAAGAUGUCAUCCGCGAUUACGACGUCGACAAGCUUCAAGUAAACGUCUUCACGCCAUCGACCAAGAAGACAGUAUGCGAGAUCCUGCGCUUCGAGAGGCUUUUGUUGGAGAAUUCGACAAACAGAAAGACAUUCAGUUCGUACGACCGCAUCAAUGGUCUCCUCUCCUCGUCUGAUCUCGAUGUCGUUGUGCUCGCUCUCAACCUCCUCCUGCGUCCCGCUCAACAAUAUUCCGCUCAACCCGCCGUCUCCCGGGCAUUGAGCAUCUCUACCCCCCGCCUCCAAUCACUCGCCAAACGCUGGCCAAACCUCCGUGAAUAUGGCGUCAGCCUUGUCGACCUCGUCGCUCCCAAAGGUAAAGAGUCCGUCGAGGCUCUGCCUGCUGAAGCUCGUGAAGUGCAUUUCACCUUCUACAAAAGAGACACGUCCGCGCCUUCUAAGGAUGGGGAUGCAUCGAGGGAGAUGGACGUGGAUGCCCCAGAUGUCCCACAGACACCUCGUAAGGGAUCGACUUCAGCAUCGACAGGUCUGAGUGCCACCCAUGCGUCCGGAGUCGUCAAAUUACACGUCGAUGUCCACACAUUGGAGUCGAAGCCCACCAUGGACGUACUCGCUGAUCUUACAGAUGCGUUCAACGUCCCCGAAGAAGAGAGAUUUGAGCUCAUGUGCCGCAUUCGCUCUGCGCAAGUGCUUCUGCCCGGUCGGGACGAAGAUCGGGAAAAGCUAGUCAUUAUUCGUCUUUUGGCGAAUGCCAUCUUUGUACACACUCACAGCGAGCACCAAGCGCUGUCGUCGCUUUUCUUGUAUGAGCCCGACCUCAUCUCUCAUAUCUCAGAGCUUUUGGCCCUGGACAGCGGCGUGCCCGUCACGGUGCAGACUGCCGCUGUCGCAGCCCUAGACGCGAUGGCGCGGUAUAGAACUAAAGUGCAAGACGUGUUGGCCGCCGUCAAUGCAGGCGUCAAUCACGGGACGCUAAUGGCGCUCUUGCGCAAGACAGUGGCGGACGUCGCCAGCUCAGAAUCUACUCUCCCACAAUCUUUCGUCGACGCCCUCCUAUCAUUCGUCACAUUCCUAGCGUCCCAUGCCGCGGGAGGCAACAUGGUCGUGGGAGCCGGGCUUGUACCAUUGCUUAUCCAGAUCCUUGAGAACAGACUAGCAAACAGGCUCCCUGUUGUAUCGAAGGCUAUGCAGCUUGUAGAUAAUGUGCUGUACAGUUUCGCCAAUGCGUUCCAGCUGUUCUGCAACAAUCGUGGGGUCGAUGUUCUUGUCGAUCGGAUUGAGUACGAGGUCGACUACGAUAUCGCAGAGUUUGGAGGUUUGGAGCCAGUGCAAGAGGUCCCGAGGUCUUAUGGCCAAUUACCCGUUGUUCGUGCCGCUGCGUUGAAGCAUAUCCUGCGAUCGACGCACCGUAUGAUGCAGUCUUCCGGUACAUCUGAAGGCUUGCGCGGCCUGAUCGACUCAUCGCUACUCAAGUCGAUCAAGAAGAUAAUCGAGCAUCGCAGUCUCUUCGGCCCAAGCGUAUUGCCUCUCGCGAUCAACAUCAUGGCGUGUUUUGUCCACAAUGAGCCGACGUCAUUAUCGAUCAUCCAAGAAGCCAAUCUCCCCGAGGCUUUUUACAAAGCAGUCGAAGCAGGACUGGAGCCUGUCAUUGAGGUCAUCCAGUCAAUCCCGAACGCACUGGGCGCUCUAUGCCUCAACCAGGCGGGUCAGGAUCAGUUGGAAGCUCGCCCCACCAUCAUCCCGGGCCUUUUCUCCAUCUUCACAUCCGAGAGGCAUCAACGUGUUCUGCAAGAUAAAGAGAAUGCGGUACUCAUCGGGACGGCCGUCGACGAGCUUAUCCGACACCAUCCGUUCUUAAAGGCUGCCGUAUUUGAGGCCAUCAAGUCGACGCUCAGUAAAAUUGAAGAGCUUGGAAAUGCGUACCUCGUGCCGGACGGCAUCAAGUCGUGGUACUCGUUAGUUCCUUCAUCACCGCCCGCGGUUUCGGCCGAUGGAGACGUAGUGAUGGGUGAGUCGUUGACCACGGCUGUGGCAGCCGAAGCAUCUGCGUCGAACGAUGCUUUGAAUAGCGAAGAAGUAGUAGAGAAGUCCCACGAGAACAUCAUCAUCUCGUACAUUGACGUGCACUGCAGAUUUUUGGAGGGUCUUUUUCAGCAUGCGCCGCAUUGCAAAGACUUCAUGUCGAGGUCGGACGGCUUAGAGCGCCUGGGUCGCUUGACGGAAUUACCCUGUGUACCGUAUGAUUUCGCUAAUAGUGUGGCCUCAGACUCUUUGGUGCAGGUCAUACGCACAAUGGUGGAUGCGGACCGGCAUGGCACUUUAACGUUCUUGGCGAAGUUGGUGAAGGUAUCCUUGGGUGAAACUAAGGAGUUUUGGAACGGCGUUAAGCAGGAGUCGCAGUUGCUGUCACUUCUCAACCUCACAGCGGAGUCAACUGACGCAGCAAAUUCGACGUUCAGAAAGCUGGUCACCCUUCACAUUCGAGUUACUCUACUCUCCGACAUCUACGCGACCGCAGGUUACUCUCACGCGCGCUCGUCAACGGGAUUAUUGUUGACGCUAAUGGGUCGAGGCUCCCCUGACAUCAUGCUUGAUUUGGGCUCGCUGCAUCGCGUAUGCAUCUGGGAGAACGUUCUGUUGAAGAGCGCCUUCCCUACGAAAUCUUCGGAACUCAAGUCCGCAUUCUCCAUUUCCCCGCUUCUCGGCUCUCCAAGCCGCACUUCGACGAUCCUUCCUGAAGGCGACGCUGCGACGGCAACAAAUGGAGCACAGCAAGGCCUGACUGCAUCGACUGACGAUGCAGCGGUUACUCAAGAAGGAACGGGAAUUGAUGGCGCAAGGGAAGACAAUGGGAAGGCGCUGAGACAUAUCGCCAACCAAAUCCCAGCAGCUCUAUCUCCAUUCUUCCAAGCUGUCGUGAAGCUAUUCUCGACCCGUCGUACUCCUGACCCCCCGCAAAGGCAUCAGAUCGUGGAGUCGGCUGCGGUUGUCGCCGAGGUGAUGUUGAAACACGUCGAGUUCAACGAGUUUGACGACAAACUGUCCUCUUCGUCCUACUAUACCUUCAUGCUCGGGCUGGUCACGACACUGUUAGUAGAUGGUAUACUCAUUUCUCGAACAUCCUCUCGUCGGUCUCUUAUUAACACCUUGUACCCAGAACGGACCGCUCAAAAGACCUUGCACACGGUCUUACUCGAUGCGUUUUUCCGCAAAGGAGGACUCAAUGCUGUCAUCGAGAACGUCCGUCGAUUCAUGAGUACGGUCCACGAGGUGUCUCUGACGCCCACCGAACAUCGCUCGGAGACCGCGCAACAAGAACUAGUUCACGCGUUCGGUGGUAUCAAGGUGGCCUUACACCUCCUCCUCCCGUUGGUAUCGCCAAAGCCCAUCUUCGACUCAAGUCAGACCAUCAUCCUCGUCACUCGGGACAAGAAGGAUGGAGACCCUGAUUACUUUGAGGUCCACAACUUCCUUGUUCAGCUCAGAUUGGUUGUCUUCCCUGUGGCUCGUGACCUGUGGGAGGCAUCGUGGCUAGUGUCGGCCCCGCAAGGAUUGAUCAGAUCUGUUGUACAGGUGACUCUCGAGAUCGUGAAUGGCGAGAGCGAGGAAGGUCACGGCGACGAAGCAGGCCCUCCAACUAUCCCUGGCGGGCCCGGAUUUCUGCGCUCAGCUCUCCCGGACGAGAAUCGUGUCCGCCAGCUCACCGAUAUGGGAUUCCCGCGAGCAUCAGUCGAGCGCGCUCUGAUGCGCACCCACAACAACGUGAACGCCGCCACUGAGUUGCUGCUGGCGAAUCCGUUCCGUUUCGCUGCCGCGAUCCAAGCACCACCACCAGGCCCGGCCGAGGAACAAACCAACGAAGUUCCCCCAGAGGUGCCGGUGCCGGUCCAGGGCGUGGUGCCUGCUCAGGAAGAUGUGCUGGCACAGGAAGAGGUACCGGCACAGGAAGAGGUACUGGCGCAAGCAGAGGCAACAGAGGCCCACACAAUUCCAGUCGACACGCCAACGGUACAGCAGGAGCCUGUGCCAGAUUCAAUAACGACAACGCUGCCGCCCGCUGAAGUUGAGAAUCAGGAGGAAGAGCAGCCUAUUGUGAAAGCGUCUGAGCUGUUACGGAAGGAGCUUGAUGUCCUGAGAGAAGAGGUAAAACCAAAUCUCGGAGCGCUGGCUCUUCGUUUAGUCGAUGAGCAUCAUGCGUUGAUCUUCGACAUCCACGGUGCCUUCGUCGGCCGUCCUGAUGGCUACCAACAAGAUUCGAUCCGACUCCUUGUCGAUGAUAUCAAGAGGUUUGCACCGGACGCUGCGGGCUCUCGCGAGCAACAUCUUGCCGUUCGUUGUCGGCUUCUCGCACUUGUCCUGAAUGAGUCCCCCUCCUCAUUCACUUCCGUCGUCGCUGGAAGUGAGGUCGAUUUCAUGGCAAUCCUCUUAGGUCUUAUCCAGUCGGAGCACAUCGCGAAUGGCGCUGACGCAUCCACUGUGCACAAAUGGCUCGCUGCUCUUCUCCUGGUAGCUGAGGCUCUGCUUGUUCUUGGGGAGGAACCGCGCUCGAUCACUUUACCCAAGGAGGGUGAACCAAUCCAAUCGGAACGCCUGUUAGAAGGACCACCGUACACAGAAGCUCGUCCUGUGUUAUUUGAUGUCGCUCUGGGCAUCUUGAGGCUGACGAAUCUACCGCGCGAUGAACUGCUUGCGUCGCUGCGUUUGCUAGUGCUCCUGACGCGUGAUCAUGAGAUCUCUCUGGAGUUCAUCAAACGUGACGGCGUGCCUCUUUUAUUCCAGUGUUUGAGAUCAUCAACAGGUGGGGUCGCUGGCAGCCAGUCGUACAUUACCAUCAUCCUUCGUCAUAUCGUUGAAGACCCCGCUGUGGUCCGCUUCAUCAUGCGGCAAGAACUCCAGCGUCUUUUCUCUCUGCCGCGGACUCGUGUCACUGAUGUACAGAACUAUGUCCGCCAUUGUAGCAGCAUGGCGUUGCGAGAUCCUGAGACUUUUGUGGAAGUUACUCAGUCCCUUUGUGAACUUGAUCGUCCGUACUCCAGCGCAUAUCACCUCCAUCUGAAACCCACAUCCCCCGCCGAGAGCAAGCCCGAAUCCACGAAGGAGGUUUCCACCGAGGCGUCAUUUUCACUCAAUCUUCCUCCUGCGUCUCCGCCUGAAAGCCUAGAAACCGUCGUUCAUUUCUUGUUGGCCGAACUGAUGAAGGCAGUCAAGGUUCCUGGUGGUCACUCGCUAGACGUUUCUCGUGAGCACCACGCCACCGGAUCCAACGAUCAUCAGAAGCAGCCGGUAUCGAGUACGGAAGGCAAGAAGGAUUCGGUACCGUCCAGCGAUGCUACCAUUGACACUCCUUACUGUGGGUUCCUGAUGCAGUGUCUGACUGAACUGCUUUUCUCGUACGACAUCUGUAAAGUGGCGUUCUUGUCUUAUUCUCCAAAGAAACGUGCUGUGACGCCCAAGGACUCCUCGAGCCGACAUAGGAUGGUUGCGCUUCAUUUCUUGCUCUACGACCUCAUCACCUACGGCACUAUCUCGGAGCCGACUGGAGAAGCCCACAAGCGAGUCAUACUGUGCAACUGGGCGAUGUCCUUGAUUGUCGCGCUCUGCGUCGAGACCUCUAGCGCACCGGAUUUGAAGGACGUGUCUCCCGAGCUGAUCUCCGUCCGAAAAUUUGUUCUUGAGGCUGUCAACCGAGCCAUCAAAGAUCUGGCACCAUCCGACACGAUGGAUGCGCGAUAUGGCAGGCUGCUGGCUCUGUCGGAUCUUUGUAACAGACUACUCACAGUUCGCUUCAAUACGGUGGUGCGCAAGUCUCAGAUCACGGAGGAGGGCCCCACGCACAUCGCGAAGAUCAUGCUGGAGAAGAACUUUGUUUCGACACUCACGAAUGCGCUUGCAGAUGUCGACUUGAACUUCCCUAAUGUCCGUGGAGUCGUCGCAGCUAUUUUGAAGCCUCUCGAAGUGCUUUCGAAGAUUGCGAUCAAAAUGAGUCGUACGUCGGGCAAGGGUAAACACGCCGUUGAAGGUAAGGAAGACAUGGAGGAUUCAGAACUGUCUGAAGAGGAAGAACCGGACGACGAUGACGAUGACGAAACGGAUCGAGAAGAGACCCCCGAUCUAUACAGAAACUCGUCGCUCGGAAUGUACGAAAUGGAAGAACACAUGGAAGAGGACGAAAUGGACGAAGAUGAAGUCGACGAUGAUGACGACGUCGACAUGGAAUUCGGUGACGAGAUAAGCGAGCACACAUCGGAUACCGAAGAGGAAGACGGCGGGGAUGAGGAUGAGGACCUCGAGAACGAAAGUGGUUCGGAAGAGGAAGCAUGGCGCGACGUUGAUGAGGAAGAUGAAGAUCUAGUUGAGAACGAGGAUGAGCCUGUAGUAGACGGAGACGACGAUGGUGACGAAGAUGGUGACGAAAAUCCGGGAUGGGAGGGUGUCGAGGUCGGUCAAAUUCCUCCUCAUAUCGUUGAUAGCCCGGAAGAUGAAGAUGAGAUUGCUGGAGAUAUUCCCAUCUAUCAAGAGGCAGAUGAAGACGACGAAGACGAUAUCGGCUCGGACGAAGACCUCGGCGCUGAGCUAGGGAUCGUCGAUGGCCAUGACGGAGGCCCGACUAUUCCUGGCGACGUUUUUGGUUUCCAAAACGAGAUGCCAGAUGGCAUCCCAGAUUUCUUGGAAAGCCAUCCUGCAGGGGUUAUAUUCUCCCGUGGACCUAGAGGAGUUAGACGCUUGGACGAUGAAGAUGAGAUAUUCGGGCGAAGUCGCGCGCCCGUUCCGGCUGCAGACAUCGUGACACAUCCUUUACUCCUCGAAUCGGCAUCUGGGUCCUCACACGUCCCCACCGGUCAGGGCAGAGGGGUUAGACGAUCGCAGCGAGGCAUCUUCCCUGGUGAUGGCCAAGAUUUUAUCCAUGCUAUUGAGGACAUCAUCGGCGGUGGCGCUGUGCAUCUAUUCCAACACAUAUUCAGUCGUCGUGAUGGAGCUGCACCUGAAGCCGUUCGUUUGGAUGUUCCGGCUGGGGCGCUCGUGAAUCUGGAGCGUGGGUUACUAGGCCGCCGGACUGGUCCCGUCUCAGCAUCGAUUCGCAUUGAGCGAGCUCCUCGUGCAGGGGAGAUCCGACCUGAAAGCCGACAAUUCGAUCCUCAGAUCACUCUCCAACGUUGGCUAGAAGAAGGAAAGAUCUUGCACGGGAAAUUCUCUGCUGAUCGAUUUUUGAAAGUCCCUAACCACAUCAUCCUGACCAUGCUCCCCGCCGCUAUCGAAAAGGCGAAAGAGGCAAAGGUACUUGAGCAAGAAGCAGCUGAGCGGGCGGAAGCGGAGACAAGAGCUGCCGAGGUUGCUGCUGCAGAAAAGAAACAGCAAGAGGAUGCAGAACGGGCUGCUCGCGAAGAGCAAGAGGCUAUCGCUCGUCAGGCAGCUGAAGCUUCCGCCGCGGCUGAACUGGUCAAUGGCCCUCCUACGAUAGUUGCAGAUGACGACACGGAAAUGGCUGACGCGACAGCUGAAGUCCUACCUGAGUCAUUGCAUCUCGAGGUUCAAACGGCCUCUGAACCUACCAUCGCCAACCAGGCUGUACCAGGCACCUCCGCUGCUCCCGAGCGCGUCACAGUCAUGAUCCAUGGUAGUCCAGUGGACAUUACUGACACUGGGAUCGAUCCGACUUUCUUAGAAGCUCUACCUGACGACAUGCGCGAAGAAGUUCUAAAUCAACAUGUUCGUGACCAAAGAGCGGCUCGAGUCGAGCGGCCAGCAGACUCGCAGAUCAGCUCAGAGUUUCUCGAUGCCUUGCCACCCGAGAUUCGCGCGGAGAUCCUGCAGCAGGAAAGAAUCGAGCAGGCUAGGCGUCGUGCGGAGGAGUCUGCAGAGGUACAAGCGACAGAUCCUGGGACCGCGGCGGAGAUCGACCCGGCAAGUUUCAUUGCGAGCCUCGACCCUCAGCUACGACAAGAUGUCUUGAUGGAGCAGGACGAAGGGUUCAUACAGACGCUUCCUUCGCACAUGAUCGCAGAGGCUGGGAUCUAUCGGGAGAGAACUCCUCGCCGAGUCACCGCUCGAUAUCCAGGCGGACGUGCCGAUGCCGCUUCUGCGCCUUCUGUUCGGAAACCUCCACCUCCACGAGACGCCAUCCAACUCUUGGAUAAGGGUGGGAUUGCCGUUUUGAUCCGCUUACUCUUCUUCCCCCAAAUUUCCAAGAAGAGUUCGCUGUUCAAGGUUCUUGUCAACCUCUGCGAGAACUCAAAAACCCGGACGGAGCUGUUCAACCUCCUUCUCAAUAUCUUGCAAGACGGCACAGGUGACCUAGCAUCCGUCGACCGCAGCUUUGCGCAAAUGACAUUCCGCAAUUCGAAGGGUCCGACGCAAACGCCUAAAUCUGCCGGCAAGCAAAAGGCCGGGUCUGACUUCUUCUCCAGCUCUCUGCCAAUGUCACACCUUCCCAGUGAAGUCGUACCGGAUCUCAUUGCUCAACGAUGUCUGGAGGCGUUAACCUUCAUCGUUUCAUCCAACGAACUCUCUUCUCUUUUCUUCCUUACAGAACAUGAAGUCCCUGCUAGCUUCCGCAAAAUUGUCUCGAGAAAGGGCAAGGGAAAAGAGAAACAGGCGCCUCAGACACAAUAUCCCAUUGUCCUUUUACUCAGCCUCUUAGAUCGGGAGUCGCUUCUCAAGACUCCGUCCAUUCUGGAGUCUGUGGUCAGCUUGCUUGAUACAGUCACUCGCCCGUUGACGAGCUUGAAGGAUACUCAACAGAAGGCAGGCGAGCCCUCAGCGAGCGUAUCGACGAUCUCUGCACCUGCAUCAGCACCAGCACCAGCGUCAGCAACCUCUGGGCUUGCUAUACCACCAGGUGAAACGAUUGUGCUUGCAGCUCCGGAACCCAGCGCAGAAGCAGAUGCAGCUCCCGAGCCACCAAAAGACGCCGUAACCCUCACAGGCGAGACCAUGGAGGAGAAGAUAUUGCUCGCGCAUCCGCCCCAGAUCUCACAUUCUGUACUUCGCCUCAUCGUGAAUAUCUUGACUGUUGGCGAAUGCGGCGCGAAGCCUUUCCAUCACAGCUUAUCUCUCAUUCAACAUCUGUCAUAUAUCCCUGAUGCUCGAGAGGUGAUCGCUCAGGAACUCCGGGCGAAAACACAAGAUUUCGGGCACAGUCUAUACCAGGACUUGGAUGAGCUAGCGAACGCGCUGCAAGGGUCUGAAGGGGACGUUCUAGCUUCCUCGGUCGCCUCGAAGUUUUCUUCGCCAUCUUCUGACCAAGCCAAGCUCUUACGGGUUUUGAAGACCAUCGACUACAUGUACUCCCCCAAGGCAGCCACCACUAGCGAGACCGAGAAGAGUGACGACACCGAGAAGAUCCAGUCUAUCUACGAGUCAUUCAGAUUCACUUCGUUAUGGAAACGAUUGGGCGACUGUCUCUCAAUCAUUGAGCAAAGACCAGAGAUUGAGCAUAUAGCGACGGUCCUCUUGCCGCUCAUCGAGUCCCUUAUGGUCGUCUGCAAAUACGUCGGCUCGAGUUCAACGGGAACGGCAGCCCGCAUCUUGCGAGCCGCCUCUUCGCCAAAAUCUCCAACUUCGGCCCGCGAAUCAAUGGAGGACUUGUUCGUGACGUUCACGGACGCCCACCGCAAGGUGUUGAAUGUCAUGGUCCGCAACAAUCCUUCUCUCAUGAGUGGCUCGUUUUCUCUUCUUGUUCACAAUCCUCGUGUGCUCGACUUCGACAACAAGCGGAAUUAUUUCAACCAGCAGCUUCGCCGACGCCCGCAUACGCGCGAGCAUCAUGGAACGCUCCAGCUCAAUGUCCGCAGGCAGCGUCUUUUCGAAGACAGCUUCCAGUACUUCCACCGACGCACCGGAGAACAGAUCAAGUACGGCAAGCUCAGCGUGCGAUUCUAUGAUGAGGAGGGUGUAGAUGCUGGAGGAGUCACUCGCGAGUGGUUCCAGAUCCUUGCUCGUCAGAUGUUCGAUCCAAACAAUGCUCUGUUCGAGCCCUGUGCUGCUGACAGGUUGACAUAUCAACCGAACAAGGCGUCGUGGGUCAACCCGGAGCAUCUGUCGUUCUUCAAAUUCGUCGGCCGCGUCAUCGGCAAGGCGAUAUACGAUGGGCGGUUGCUUGAUGCUUACUUCGCAAGGAGUCUAUACAGGCAGAUUUUGGGCAAACCGGUGGAUUACAAGGACGUAGAGUGGAUCGAUCCAGAGUAUUACAAGUCGCUCUGUUGGAUAUUAGAGAACGAUCCGAGCCUUUUAGAUCUAACGUUCAGUGUGGAGGGUGACGAGUUUGGCGUAACGAAGAUCGUCGACCUGAAGGAGAACGGUGCAUCGAUACCUGUGACCAUGGCGAACAGACGGGAAUUCGUGCAGCUUUCGGCACAGUACCGUCUAUAUUCUUCGAUCAAGGAACAGUUGGAGCACUUGUUGUCCGGCUUCUACGAGAUCAUUCCGAAGGAUCUGGUCGCCAUUUUCAACGAACAGGAGCUCGAGCUCCUCAUUUCUGGGACACCAGAUAUCGAUGUGGACGAGUGGCGGGCCGCUACAGAUUACAACGGAUACACUAGCUCUGACCCUGUGAUAGUCUGGUGGUGGCGUGCUCUCAAGUCGUUCAAUCGGGAUGAGAGAGCCAAGGUUUUGAGUUUCGCCACGGGCACUUCGCGGGUGCCUCUGAGCGGCUUCGGUGAUCUGCAAGGCGUUCAGGGCGUCCAGCGUUUCUCGAUCCAUCGGGCGUACGGAGAUUCGGAUCGCUUGCCACAGGCCCACACUUGCUUCAAUCAAAUCGAUCUUCCGCAGUAUUCGUCGUAUGAGAUGUUGAGACAGCAGCUGCUGUUGGCUAUUAACGAGGGCGGUGAAGGGUUUGGAUUCGCAUGAGACCGGGUAAUGAAGCGGAAGUUAUAACUAAAGCGUUCGUGAGUAGAAGAUCUUGUAGGACUUGAAGUAUAGCAUGCAUUGUAGUUUCGGUGAUAAUUCAUUUCGCUUGACAUCU